CUUUGUAAGUGGGGUGUCCUGGACAGAGAGAGGGACGUUCAGUACCUCUGUCCUCCCUCUCUCUGCUCAGAGUGAGCUGUGUUCCUCUGGUUUAUUUUGAGGUGGUCUUAUCACAGCUGUUGUAUCUGUGGUGGCAGCCUGUCCAAGCACCUCGACACUUCGUCCUUUUCCAACUUCUGGCCCUUGGUCCUGUGCUACCUCAGUAUAAUGGAGGCUUGUCAGGAAAGCAGCCCUGCACCCACGGGUCCGGAGGCGUCACCAGCUGAGGGUCGGCACAUUGACCUGACAGAAGACCUGGCCCAGCAGCUGGAGGACAUCAUUAGCACCUACCAGGCUGCUGAGAUUCCCGCUGAGCCAGAGGACUCAGAGGAGGUCAUGGCCGUCAAAGAGACAGAUGCCCGCAAGGACCAGAAACUGGAGAAGAAGAUGCUCAAAAAUCUAGGGAAGGAAGCCAUGCUGCUGAUGCAAAGUCUGAACAAACUCAACACUCCAGAGCAGAAACUGGAAGCCAUCAUCAAGAAGCACGCCGAGCUGCUGGAGGAGCAUCGCAGCGAUCAGAAGCAGCUGAAGGUUCUGCAGAAGAAGCUGCUCCAAGUGAUGAAAGAGAAGGACCAGCUGCAGAGCGAACACAGCCGGGCCGUGCUGGCUCGCAGUAAACUGGAGGGGCUCUGCCGAGAGCUGCAGAGGCACAACAAGACCCUAAAGGAAGAGACCCUGCAGAGGUGCAGAGAGGACGACCUGAAGAGGAAAGAGAUCACCACCCACUUCCAGGGGACGCUGAGCGAGAUUCAGGCCCAAAUCGAGGAACACAGCAACCGCAACACCAAGCUGUGCCAGGAGAACAGCGCUCUGGCAGAGAAACUGAAGGGGCUCAUUUCACAAUACGACCAGCGAGAGGCGAACCUGGAAAAGGUCUUCAAACACAGAGACCUGAAAGAAAAGCUGCUGGAGACCAAACUCACGCAGGCGAACAUGAUGCUGAAGGAGGCCGAGGAGAAGAACAAGCUGGAAAAAGAGCUUAUGCUGAAACAGGUGUCAGAGUAUAAAUUGCAAGUGAAGGUCAUGAAAGAGCAAGAAAUCGAUAUGAAGAACCAGCUCGAUAUGUACUCCAAGAAGUUUGAUGAAUUCCAGGGCACGGUAUCAAAGAGUAACACUGUCUACAGCAGCUUCAAACAGGACAUGGACAAAAUGGCAAAGAAAAUGAAAAAGCUGGAGAAAGAAUGCCAGUCAUGGAAGACUCGCUUUGAUGGCUGCAACAAGAAUCUUAUUGACAUGGUGGCAGAUAAAGCAAUCAAGGAAAAGGAGUUUGAGCUUGUCACCAUCAAGUACCAGAAGCUUGAGAGUCUGUGCAGGGCUUUGCAAGAGGAGAGAAAGAGUCUUUAUGAGAAGGUGCAGAGAGCUGGAAGUCAACCAGACAGCAGCACCGACGAACCAAAGGAGAAGGAGACCUCUGAGGGACCUGAAGACCAUCAACUUGUCCAGAGUACUGCAGCCCCUGCCUCUGCUGCCCCAGCCGGGACACCAACACUCGAGACUCCACUGACCAAGGAACUGGCUAAACUGAAGACUGAGCAGGCCCGUCUGAAGGAGAUCGCCAGUUCUUUCACAAUCUCUCAUGUUAUACCCCCAGAAACAGUUGUUAACCAAUCACAAGGACUCUCUGAGGGAGUCCAGGAGAACCACAUAAAGGAGAGCAACGGCGAACACCUCCAAGAAGUCGAGGAGGACGGAUACCAAGAACAGAGAGAUUUAGAAAUGGAGUCAGUUGACUAAUGCUGCUGCUGCUGUGGAAAAUAAAUCAGGUUCAUGUCAGAUUCACAGCAAUAAAAAAGAAAAAUUCUGGCUUUG